GACCAUUCGAACAAUCGUAUAACUGAACUAUUUACAAGUCGGUGAGCACUGAAAUUCAGUUGGUAUGUCACAAUAAAUAUCUAACUUCAAUUUAGUUCCAGUCAUAAUUUCAAUAACUAGGUCAAGUUUAAGCACUGCUACAGAUAUGAAGUAGUACGAAUAUUUCUAACAUUAUCGCUGAAUUUUUAGCUUAAUUUAUAAUUUCUUUUCCUAAAUUUUUAGACUACAAAACAGAUAACCGAAACCUUUACGGUAGGAAAUCCAACUACGCAAAAAAGUUAUGUAACAGCGCAAACGUUUUUAAAUUUAAACACUUCACAAAGCAACAACAGCAACCAAUGUACCAUUCUGGCUUCGAUUACGCAGUUGGAUGUGGGGGAGAAAAUAGGACAGACGAGGACGCAAUUAUAGAAUUCAACUACUCCCAGUGUAUUAUCUCGAGGGUGGGGGAGGUGACUUUGGGAGUGUUCGGAGUAGUCGGCUGCAUAAUUCACUCGUAUAUCAUUUUCUGCUACAACUUCAGACCAUCGGAACAACAGCGAGCGCCAGUGGAAACUCUGAUAAUCAGUCUGAGCUGUUACGAUCUGUUCUACUGUGCGGGACUGGUGGUCUUGGCAGUGCUGAGUCGCAUUCCCAGUUAUGUCCCAGACAUCGCCUGUCCACUCCAAGCAAUCGUGCUAUCCUUCUAUCGCAACUCUCUUUUUCUAGUUGUUCUAUUACUCGCAUGCAACAGGUAUUAUGCUGUGUGUCGUCCCCAAUAUUACGGCCGCUAUUUUUCCAAGCUGAAAAUCAAGAUUUACGCCAUUUCAUCAUUCGCGGUAUCUUUCGUCAUAGCUCUCAUAAAUCAAACGAAUGCAUGCUUUUUACACGAAGAAAGCGAUGAUUAUUCAACCUACUACCACUGUGCAUCUGCAUUUUGCUACGUAAUAUUCUACCUGCCUAUGAUAAUCCUCACUACCAUGCUUUACGUGAAAAUCUACAAGAAGCAGAAGGAGAUAAUAAACACUGAGGAGUUCUACAACGAAUAUUGUGCUGGAGCGUUGACCGAGGAUAUCGAGUCUGAAAGACGUUUUUUGGGAGCCAUCACCAUCUCGACAAUAAUUACUGUCUCAAUUUUAAUCGGCGAUUUUGUGAUCAACUUUUUAGUAUCACUUUUCUCCAUUGACCCAAUGCUUUUCAACAGUGAUGGCAAAUCAGUUGACAAUAUAUCAUUCAUUCUCAGUGCUGUUAUCGCUUCGCUUAUAUCCAUGCUGUUCGUGGUCAACCCGUGCAUUUUUAUGGCUACUAAUGACCAGUUCAAGAUCAAACUGACCAGACCAAUUAGAGAACUGAAAAAGCGAAUGCGCGCAGAAUCCCAAUUGAAGAUAGUCGAACUCAACACUGAAACUCAAGCAUUGAGUGAAAUCAACUGAAUUUCGAAAAGCUAUUUUUAAUAUUUACAUGUCUACAAAAUUAAUACUACGUCUAAAAUAUGUGCAUAAAGAACUGACAAACAAGUUUGCAGUAUGCAA